AUGAAUAUUUUAAUUAUUGGAAACGGUGGACGAGAGCAUGCGUUGCUUUGGAAACUACAACAAUCAUCAGAAGUUGGAAGUGUUUUCGUUGCUCCUGGCAAUGGUGGCACAGAAUUGAAUGUCGAUAUCAGAAGUGAGGAUAUUGAUGGCAUAUGCACAUUCUGCACCGAUCAUAAUAUCAAAUUGAUAAUUAUUGGUCCUGAGGUACCAUUGGCUAACGGAAUAGUGGAUGAAAUAAAUCAAAGACAUCUGGAUCUGAUGGUAUUUGGUCCAUCCAUGAAAGGAGCAAUGCUUGAAGCCUCAAAAGUCUAUGCGAAAAAUUUUAUGAAGCUUUGCAAAAUUGAAACAGCAGAUUUCGUUAUUGUUUCUAAUGAAGAAGAAUUGGAUGAUUAUUUCAAAAAAAAAAACAAAUUCAAAAAUUGCGUUAUAAAAGCUGAUGGAUUAGCUGGAGGAAAAGGAGUUUUCAUUGCUAAAGAUCUCGCCGACGCUAAAAUUCAAGCAAAAGCAAUUUUAAAGGGAAAAUUUGGAAACGCUGGCGAUAAAAUUGUGAUCGAGGAGAAAUUAGAAGGCUACGAAGUGUCUGCACUGGCCUUCUGUGAUGGCAAGAGUUUUUCUCGAAUGCCUUUGGUCCAGGAUCACAAACGUCUUUUAAAUAACGAUUUGGGCCCCAAUACAGGUGGUAUGGGUGUCGUUGCUCCGAUUCAAGUAUCCGCCGAAAUCAAUGACAAGAUUGACACUCUGUUUGAAAAAACAUUACAAGGAUUAAAUGACAUGGGAAUUUUUUAUUGUGGAAUUAUAUAUGCUGGAAUUAUGAUUAUUGAAUCGGAGCCGUAUCUGCUCGAGUACAAUUGUCGUUUUGGAGAUCCUGAAACUCAAGUUCUCAUGCGCUUAUUGGAAUCAGAUUUGUAUGAUGUAAUCAUAAGCUCUUAUGGUGUUGUAUUAGCAAGCAGUAACUACCCGAAUUCAGGAGAUUUCGGAGCAAUUAUAACAAAUGUUCCGGAAAAAGAUGAAAAGACAGUGAUUUUCCAUGCAGGGACCAAGAAGGAACACGAUAAACUUGUAACAAAUGGGGGAAGGAUCUUCUGUAUCACAGUAGUUGAUAGUAAUUUUAAAAGCUGUCAAGAUGUGGCGAAUAAAGUUGCAAACAUUAUUACAUUCCCUGGAAAACAAUUUCGAACAGAUAUUGGCCAGAAAAUGAUCGCAAUGCUUUCUUGCUCACCUCUUACAUCAAUAUCAUAUGCUGAAAGCGGUGUUAAUGUUGAGGAAGGGAAUCAGUUCGUUGAUAAUAUCAAACAAUUUGUUCAAAAAACAUUACAACCUGGAACUUAUCAGAUCGGCGGAUUCGGAGCAAUGAUUGACUUAAGAGCUUUCAAUUUCUCAUACCCACAAUUAGUAAUUGGUAUGGAUGGUGUCGGGACAAAAAUUGAAGUUGCCACCAAAUGUCAAAACUUUACCAAUAUUGGCUACGAUGUUGUUGCAAUGUGCGUGAACGAUGUUCUUUGCCAUUGCGCGCGACCGAUUGCAUUCUUAGAUUAUUAUGUUUGCGGUAGAUUAAAUCGUACAGCCGCAGCGGUUGUUGUAGAAUCUGUUGCCGCCGCUUGUAUUGAGGCUGGGUGUUCCCUUAUAGGUGGUGAAACGGCUGAAAUGCCUGGUGUCUAUAAUACAGAACAGUGGGACAUAGCAGGUUGCGCAAUCGCUUGUCGAGAAUCUCACUGGCCGACACUUCCAUUAACCUCAAAAAUACGUGAAGAAGAUAUCGUUAUCGGCCUUUCUUCAUCAGGCCUCCAUUCCAAUGGUUUUUCCCUAUUGAGAACAGUAAUGAAAAAGAAUGGUGUAAAAUACACUGACAACGUUCCUUGGGAUAACAAUAUCACAUUUGGUGAAAUUUUAUUGAGACCUACUCGAAUUUAUAUCAAAAAUGUGCUACCCCUGCUGAAAGAUGGAAAAGUUCUUGCUUGUGCUCAUAUCACAGGCGGCGGACUUGUCGAAAAUUCAAUCAGAGUAUUUGAUAAGGACACCAAAUUAAAAAUUAACAUAAAUUGCACAAGUUGGAAGCCGCCAGAAAUUUUCCAAUGGAUAGCAUCUGCUGGGCCUGUAAACAGCAUAGAAAUGCUUAAAACAUUCAAUUGUGGUAUUGGAUUAAUGCUAAUCGUACCGAAAUCAGCUUCAAAUCAAAUUCUCAAGUAUUUUCGAGAUCUAGAUGAAGCUGUUUCAGUUUUGGGAAAUGUGGAAUAUCGAAGUGAGAAAGAAUCUCAAAUAAAUUUAAUUAACCACGAAAAUCUUUUUGACUAUUCAAAAUAUCGUAGCCAACUUCGAAAGGUCCGGGUUGCACUGCUAAUAUCUGGUAGAGGAACAAACAUGCAAAAGUUAAUCGAAAGAUCGAAAUGUUCAGAUAGUAAUUGUGAGAUUGUUGUUGUCAUUUCAAAUAAAUCUGAUGCACUGGGCCUUCAAAUUGCAUCUCAAAUGGGUGUGGCAACUAAAUUUAUACCCCAUACCAAAGAUCGUGUGUCAGGUGAAAAGGAAGUUGUUAAAUGUUUGAAAAGUUACAAAGCCGAGAUGAUUUGUUUGGCCGGUUACAUGCGAAUGUCCGCCAUUCAAGAUGCGCUUUCGUUUGGUGCCAAAGUCACUGGAUGUACUGUUCAUUUUGUUGAUGAAUUUAUUGACCAUGGCGAUAUAAUUGCUCAGCGAGCUGUUCCAAUCAAGCAACGUGACACUCUGGAGACUUUGCAAAAGCGAAUUCAAGAACAAGAGCAUAUUAUUUUUCCAGAAGCCAUGAUUUCGGUUGCACAAAACAUAUUGAAAGAAGAUGGCUACGAUUUACUAUAA